AUGUCGUCGGAUACUCAUCAUGGCGUAAAGCGAAGGCGAGUAGACGGGAACUUGAUAGCAUCCGGGUCAGUUCCUGUUGCAUACCAAGCUUCUGCCUCGGGAGAUGAGAAUCAGAUGACCAGGAAGAAGCUACCAGUGCCUACCAACAAUUUUUCUGUUGAAGAAUAUUCGCAGGUUAACUCUGAGUGGUUCGCUUGCGAAUUCCAAGAUCUUCAGGUGCCCAAUUUCGAGGACCAAGUUAUUUGUUUUGGAAUGCUCACGUCAUUGACCGCACAAUGGAUGACCGACGUUGAGAAGACCCCAGUAACGAACGUUCAUCUAAUUCUAGACAACGAAUGGCAACUGGUUUCUUCAACAAACCCAGAAUUCCGCGCGACUUUGGGCUCACACGGUCGUGAGUUGCUUGAGUUGUUUCACCGCGAAGGCAUCAGCAUUGAUAUUCUCGGGCUGCAAGCUGAGCAAGAGGUUGUAGAUGAUUAUAGCAUAUCACUAUGGAUAACAUUAUACGGAUCACGGGAAAUAGCCCAGGGAGUUGGUAGUACGCUGCAAGAAGCCGAGCUUUAUCUACAGGAUCCAGCUUUCUCUCUAACAGAUGUCGAAUACUUCAACCCGCAACGCUUCACUAAUACGGCGGGAAGUCGAACGACCGACUUUCGAACUGUCUUUCCAGAUGAUGACGAAGUCUCAGCUAGCAUGGAUGAGGCGCUGGUGGCCAUAGACGUGUUGAAGAGCGUUACUUCAACAACUGUGCGACGUGAGACGAGCGGUUCAUAUCUUCUUCGGACAGAGCUGCAAAGUCACCAGAAGCAAGGCUUGACGUUUAUGCUUGAACGAGAACGUGGCUGGCGAUUACAUGAGCCUAAUGGGGACGUGUGGUCUCAGCAUGUUGACGAGUUUGGGCGAACAACUUAUAUUAAUAAUGUCAACUCGUCGUUUCGUUGCACACCCCCUGUUCCUUUCAAAGGCGGGAUUCUUGCCGAUUUCAUGGGUCUCGGCAAGACACUCAGUAUGAUAUCACUGAUUGCCCAUGAUAAGCUCUGGGAGAGUGGAUCGCAAUCCGUGAGACAGGAACCGAAUUCGCUAGGUUCUGGUGGCGCCCUUAUUAUAGUGCCUCUCUCACUUCUCGACAACUGGGAAAAGGAAUUAACCAAACACCUUCUUGAGGGUCACUUCAACUGGCGUCGUCAUCACGCGAAAACCCAACUGAAAGAUGUGUGCCACUUGAGCACGAGUGACAUCAUCCUCACGACGUACACGACACUUGCGAAGGAGUGGAAAAUUCAUAUGCAGACCAAUGAGAGUCCAAUUUUUUCACAUGAGUGGCAUCGAAUCAUCUUGGAUGAAGCACAUGAGAUCAAGGACCUCAGGACAGCAAAAGCUCAAGCCAUAUGUGAGCUGAGAGGUGAAUGCAAGUGGGUGGUUACCGGAACACCAAUUCAGAACCGACUUUCUGAGCUCCACAGCUUAUUUCACUUCCUUGGGUUGCAUCCGUAUGAUGAUAAGAAAGCCUUUGACAGGGACAUAACGAACCCCUGGCUUCGCGGGGAAGAGACUGGUCCGGCAGCGCUGAAGAAAAUUCUCGGCUACGUUAUGCUGAGACGUUCGCAAGACACGAUAACCUUACCAGAACGACAGGAUCACCGGCGGCACCUUUAUCUGAGCUCCCAGGAGCAACGUUUGUACGACGCCGUCAAGAUCAAGACCAUUGAGUUUAUCGACAACGCGCUGGCAUCUCACAGAGGGGAAGAUAGCUACAGUAAUGCAUUGGAGAAAAUUAAUGCUCUGAGGCUUGUCUGCGAGCUGGGAUGUUUUCAGAAGCCUACAUCUUCCACGAGACUAUUGCCUAGAACACCAGAUCGACAGUCAACUCCACUUACACCCGGAAGAGAAAGAGAGGAGGACGAAGAUGUCCAGAAUGGCAGCAUUGCCGAAGCGAUCGACAACUUCUGUCCGCCUUUACCUAACCUUGAGUCUAACUGGACCCAAGAACCAAGCGGUAUGCUCUGUGGUUCCAUGCCCAUAGAUCAAUGGCCGACCAAGAUCAAAGCCCUUGUCAACGAUAUCAAAUGCUGCGUUCUGGGAACCAAAAGCAUCGUAUUUUCCUACCGGACAUCCAUCCUCGAUGUCGCAGAACUAGCUCUCAACGACGCUGGAAUCUGCUGCGCCAAGAUCGAUGGCAAAAAAAGCUUAAGAAAGAGGAGUCGUAUCAUUGACGAAUUCUCAAAGGCGGACGGGCCGUCCGUACUUUUGUUGUCCUUAGGUUGCGGCGCUGUCGGGUUGACGCUCACUGCUGCUUCGAGAGCCUAUCUGCUUGAACCACAAUGGAACCCGUCUAUUGAGGAGCAGGCACUGGCGAGGAUACAUAGAAUAGGGCAGACUCAAGAGGUCACAACCAUUCGAUUUGUGAUAAGCAAUUCCAUCGAACAGUAUGUCUUGGAUAUCCAGAACGGGAAGCGUGACCUCAUGAGUCUCCUGAGCUCAAAGCCUGCGACAAGUCAACAACUGACAGCCAAACUACAGGUAAAUCGAACGCUACCUUUCUACGCAUAA